CUCGCUCCCACGGUCGUCGGGUCUGCACGCCCCGAGUCGGGCGGGGCGAGGGGCGAGGGGCGGCGCAGGGUCCCAGCGUGGGGCCUCCCCACCUGCCCACCAGGGAGACCUCGAGUGCCGGGCCGGGUGGGACUCGGGGUCGGUCCAGUUCGCGGACGCGGCCGGAAGGCCCCCGCAGGCCGCCUCGCCGCGGGAGUCCCUGUCGCCGUAGAAUCCAGGCUCGCCGUCUCUCCCCACGGUUCAUCCAGGGCCUCGUCCUUGCCCCAUUUACGCGGCGUGCCUGAAUGCCUGUGUGUGCACAUGCGCCUGUGUACGUGUGCAUGUGUUCGUGUGUGUGCAUGUCUGCGUGUGCAUGUGUGCCUCUGCAGGUGUCUGCACAGGUAUGUGUCUGCGUGUGCAUGUGUCCCUCUGCAGGUGUCUGCACAUGUAUGUGCGUGUGUAUGUGUGCCUUUGCAGAUGUCUGCGUGUGCAUAUGUCCCUCUUGCAGAUGCCUGCACAUCUGUGUGUCUGCGUGUGCAUGUGUGCCUCUGCAGGUGUCUGCACAUCUAUGUGUCUGCGUGUGCAUGUGUCCCUCUGCAGAUGCCUGCACAUCUGUGUGUCUGCGUGUGCAUGUGUGCCUCUGCAGGCAUCUUUGCAUGUGUGUGUCUGCGUGUGCUGCUUCUGUCUGUGCAUGUGCUCCUGUGUGUGCGUGCACUUGCUUGUUUGUGCAUCCAUGCAUGUGUUUGCGUGCGUGCUGGAGAAGAGCAUUGGGUGGGACCCUCCAGCCUUUCGGCUUCUCCUCUGCUCUAGAGAGCAAGGGGUGCCAGGCCGAGGCCCGCCCUUCGGUCUGAGGGUCUCACCAGGUGCACAUUGGUUUAUUUGGUGCAGAAUUCAGGCAGCGGGCAAAGGGCCAGCUCCAUCCAAGAAGAAGGGUAAUGCCCCCACUACUUCAUCCCCUCCACCGUGCAUUGUGUAGGGAACUACUCUAGACCCCAUUAGAAGUUUUUUUGCGGGGGAGGAACAGAAGAGAGAGCGGAAGAAGAAUUACAAAAGAGACUGAAGUCAAGAUUA